AUGCUCUCGACCUCGCCGCACUGCGCCGCCUCGGGCGUCAGUGGCCUGCCUUUACCGCAGUUGAAGCGCAAGCGCUCUGAUUCUAGCGAUUCCGCCCCCGCUCGAGAUGCCCCGGUCGCAACCAAGCUGCGCGCCGACGAUGCGCCCUCAAAACCCGUCAGCCUUCAGCAAGACCCUUCCCUACCUGCCACCAGCGCCGUGACGGUGUCGCACCAAGCUGAGCCGGACGGUCGCGCCCAGCCGAUCUCGGAGUCGUCGCAUCCGUCGCAAUCUGGUCAAAGCGCGAUUACAAAUGCCUCGGAGAUAACGAAGCAGGACGGCACUUCCCCAAAGAUCGACACGGACACGCUACGCGAAACCCUUGAAGCGCAGCUGAGUCUGGAGGUGUUGUUGAAACACAAUGAGCUCAGGCUGAUCGAUCAAGAGAUUGCUAAAUGCCAGGUCGCGCUGGAACAACUCCGUCGAUGUGCCGAGAUACCAUAUCCGGGAUCCAGGGUGGCGGGCUAUUCGCAGUCGGUCAGCAAUGGUACGGGUGUCGCGGUCUGGGCUCCUGAAAAUGGACCUGCGCCGCAGUCUCCCGCGCCAUGGGGUGUCGUAGAGGGUCCCUACUCGCGCCAUUACUCUAGAUGGCUCCUACCGGAUCCUCGAUUCGACGGUGGCGAAGUUGAGCCCGAUACUCCUCUCAGUGGGCUACCUCUCAUGGAAGGCCGCACGACGCGGGGGAGUUCGGGCGAUCUGGGCUCGCUGGCUGGCAAGACACGGCCUCAGCGCGGCUCGGCAAGUGCUAAGCUCCAGGCUUUGCCCAACGGCUACCCAGCACCCAAGGACAAGGCUGGUCCCAUGCUUAUUCGACGAAAGUCGGAUAAUGUACUCGUCAAGCUGGUGUGUCUGGACUGCGGUCGGGACAAUUUCUCCAGCACCCAAGGAUUCAUCAACCAUUGUCGCAUUGCACAUAGUCGGAACUACACCAGCCAUGAUGCAGCGGCGAUGGAGUCCGGCAAGCCCGUUGAAGUCGACGAGGCUGGCGCCGUUGUUGGCGGCCGGGUAGAGAGCUCCAGUACAGCAGGCACCGGCGGGUUCGUCCAUCCGCUGAUCCGAACUGCACAUGGCAUUGAGCCAUCAUCCAAAACCCCGUCCUCUGCGUCUGAAGCCGCGGGCGGUAACGCAAGUCCCCGGAAGCGAUCCUGCCCGAGUCGACGGGCAUCGACCGGGGUGGAAACUCCUCGUGCGGCUGCCCGUCCCCAGUUGGAAAACCACCGAGGCACACCUGCUGCCGCUGCCACUUCGAGUCAUACUUCGUUCAUGGGCUCGCCCGCCACCCCUCACCUGUCGUCUCUCAUGCAGUCCCGGGGCGUGGGGCUUGACCUUGAUCGGUUGGUCGGGGAGGCAAAGACAACAGUGGAUCUCGGCGAGUACUCUUCGGACGAUGGCGAGUCGGACAGCGAGUCUGUGGCACCACCAGAAGCGAUGAGUCACGAACAGAAGGCGGCUGCAGUCCGUGCGGGCAGGCAACCCAUGCGGACCACGGCCUCGCAGACUGCGCCCCAGCGCCCGGGCAGCCGCAAGGGGCUCGAUAAAACGAGUCACAACCCUUUUUCGUUUGAGUCAUUAACCCCGACCAAGCCUGUUCCCUAUCAAUCUCCUUAUGGAGCGGUGUCCCGGCCGCCGCAGCUCGACGGGCUGCGAGAGGUGGACGGGACCGAGCCCUCGUCCAACCUCAGCCCAACUACCAUGGAAUCGAACCAGGCGCCGAGUCUCGUCAGUGAUGACGACGAUUAUGAAGCGGCCUCGGAUUCGGAGAGCCCUGGGCCUAGCUCGUCGGAGGCGGGUGAUGCGGAGGAGGAUUUCGGUCAUAUUGGCGUGGAGGACGACGAGGACAGCACGACGUCCACGACGCCGCCAGAGGCCAAGUCGGACAUGGGCAUGUUCCGGCGCCGGAACAAGAAGAAGAAAGAAGGGGUCAUCGGCCAGACCAUCCGCAGCUCCAUAAUCCCCAAACAACCACAACCUACAAUGAACCACCUCCACCCCCAAACCAUCACCCCCCAAACCUUCCAACACCUCCUAUCCCUAUGCCCAAAAACAGUGGACCUUCUCUCCCGCCGCAAAGCCGCCGCCAAGAUCAAGCGCAAACCAGCAGCGGCAGCGGCAGCAGCAGCAGCACCGAAAACAAAGCAGAAAUCAUCAUGGACAUCAACAGGCACGAGAUCAGAAGCAGAAGAAGAGUUUAUUACUGCUAAAGCUAAUGAGUUCUUGUCGCUCGAUGGGUUUAGGUAUGAGGGAUUACCGGGUGUGGUUGCUACGAGAGCAGAGAAGGAUGGGUAUGGGUACUUGGUGAAAGACGAGUUGGUGAAGUUGAUGGAGUGGAAGAUGCAACAUGGCACCUUCCGCCCGGCAUUACUAGGCAUGAUACGCUCGAACUCAGAGGCUGUGGUUAGGGAUGCUACGGGGAAGGCAUUUAAAGCUCUCACUACCCAUCAUACUUCUAAGGAAGGUGAUGAGGAGAAGGAGAAAUUUCCAAGCGAAGCGUUGGAUAUCCUGACGAAAGCGUUACGAGGCGUGGGAGUGGCUACGGCUUCGUUGGUGUUGUCGCUUGCUUCUACUGCAGAUGUACCGUUUUAUAGCGAUGAUGUGUAUUUGUGGGUUUGUAUGGAGGAGGUUUCAUCUCCUUCUACUUCUGGGUCUGACUCUGGGGAGGGCGAGGCUCAGGCUGAGGCUGAGGCUGAGGCAGCAGAUAGACUCAAAAGAGGGGUGUAUAAGCGGUUGAAUGGCGAGUUGAAUGUCAAGUAUACGAUGAAGGAGUAUCGAGAGUUAUGGGAGGGGGUGAAGGGGUUGAAGGAGAGGUUAGAAGGAAAAGAGAAGGGAGUGUCUGGGUUGGAGGUGGAAAAGGUGGCGUUGGUGGUGAGAUAUUAUUAUGUUUUGUUGGGGGGUGGGCAGAGUGAUGGUGAUGGUGGUGAUAAGAAGGGAUCUGAGGGAAUGAAGGUGGAGGAAGAACAAUUAGAGGAAGAAACUAAAAGGGAAAAGAGAAAGUUGGAGGAUGAACAACCAACAGGAGAAGGCAGACGGAGAAGCAAGAGAUUGGACAGUCGCAGGAUCAAUCCUGCUUGA